CCAACCAAAACACGAGAUACACGGGAUACACGCAGAUUACACCUUUGAUUGGUUAUUGGAGAGGCUUGGAGAAAAUAUCCCAUUUUGUCGAAGUCCGGGGGCGGGGCAUACCAAAAAGUAAUGGCCAUCUAUUUAGGGUCUGGCCAGGGGAUUUCUCGUCUAUCAUAGCUAUUCUAUAGAAUUCGCCGUUUGUAGAGCGAACAAGGUAAACAUCGUAACCAGUAUUACUAGCCGUAUUCGUUAAUUGCAGUCGCGUUCGGUCUGAAUAUAGUUGAUAUAUCGCCUGAACUUGAUACACCAAUUUAGGGUUAACCAGCCAUCUAGCCACGCUAGCUAUCAGUAUCAGCUCACCAGCCAACAUUUAGAACCUUCCUUGGGCGUGAUAGUUUGGACGUUUCGAGUCGAUCACAUGCGGAUAUUUAUAUAACGCAGUUAUUACACAGUAUCUCAUACCACAAGUCAACAUGGGAAUGAAUUUAUUUUCAAGAGAUUGACGACGACAAAACGGAUUAAGGGCAAUUUGGUCUUGGAAAAAGUUGUACGCAGGAUUAAAGAUAUCUUUAUGGUUAAGAAGAGAGUUGCCAAGUCUUUAUCGCCCAUCUACAAAAAAGGGCAUGCCAAAAUCCCAGUAAUGGAGACUACGGCUGUGAGUACCACCACUCUGGCCAAUGAUGAGUUUGACAGGAACAUGCCGCGGAUCUGCGGUGUGUGCGGGGACAAGGCCUCCGGAUUCCACUUCAAUGCCAUGACCUGCGAGGGCUGCAAGGGCUUCUUCAGACGCAGUAUGAAGCGCAAGGCCAGCUUCACCUGUCCCUUCAACGGCAGUUGCACCAUCACCAAGGACAACCGCCGCCACUGCCAGGCCUGCCGGCUCAAGCGCUGCGUGGACAUUGGCAUGAUGAAGGAGUUUAUUCUGACAGACGAGGAGGUGCAGAGGAAGAAGGACCUGAUUCAACGGAGAAAGGAUGAGGAGGCGCAGAGGGAGGCGCAGCGACCCCGGCUGAGCGAGGAGCAGAGCCAGGUCAUCGCCACGCUGGUGGAGGCUCACCACAAGACCUACGACGACUCCUACUCUGACUUCAACCGCUUCAGGCCUCCGGUCCGAGAAGGCCCAGUGACACGCAGUGCCAGCAGGGCUGCCUCUCUCCACUCUCUAUCUGAUGCCUCAUCUGACUCCUUCAGCCACUCUCCAGAGUCGGUGGACACUAAGCUGAUGAACUUCAGUAACCUGCUGAUGAUGUACCAGGAGCAGGGGGGCAGCCCGGACUCCGACGACGACGGCUCCAAGCUCUCCAUGCUGCCCCACCUGGCCGACCUGGUCAGCUACAGCAUCCAAAAGGUCAUCGGCUUCGCCAAGAUGAUCCCUGGCUUCAGGGAGCUGACGGCUGAGGACCAGAUUGCCCUGCUCAAGUCGAGUGCCAUCGAGGUGAUCAUGCUGCGCUCCAACCAGUCCUUCAACCUGGAGGACAUGUCCUGGAGCUGCGGAGGGCCCGACUUCAAGUACUGCGUCAACGACGUCACUAAAGCGGGCCACACUCUGGAGCUGCUGGAGCCCCUGGUCAAAUUCCAGGUUGGCCUGAAAAAACUCAACCUCCACGAGGAGGAACACGUGCUGCUCAUGGCCAUCUGCCUACUCUCCCCAGACCGUCCGGGUGUGCAGGACCACGGGCGCAUCGAGACCCUGCAGGACCAUUUGUCGGAGACGCUGCAGGCCUACAUCCAACUGCACCACCCGGGCGGCCGCCUCGUGUACGCCAAAAUGAUCCAGAAGCUGGCGGACCUGCGCAGCCUGAACGAGGAGCACUCCAAGCAGUACCGCUCGCUGUCCUUCCAGCCUGAGCACAGCAUGCAGCUGACCCCGCUGGUGCUGGAGGUGUUCGGCAGCGAGGUCUCCUAAAUUAUCACUUUUUGGUGACCUUUGAUGGAGGUGGAUGAGGUGGACGAAAGGUCAUAGGAGAGGUGGGAGGAGAGUAUGAGGUGGGAGCUAUAGGAAUGUGGUUAGACGGACUGUGGAUGGUGUGAAUGUAAGUGUGUGAGUGAAGGUGUGUGUUGUGAGGGAGGGGGGGGUAAUAGAAGUGUGUGUGUGUGUGAGUGAAGGUGUGUGUGUGUGUGUGUGUGCGCGUGCGCGUGCGUGUGUGUGUGUGUGUGUGUGUGUGUGUGUUAGAAAUUCCCCUGCCUCGUGUGCAUGUGUGCUUGAGGAGCUUCGGUAGGUCAGGCCUGGGACUGGGUACCUGAGGAGCUGUUGACUGGAACAUGCAAAGCGUUGGGGAGCGAAUUAUACAAACAAGGGAAUUUACUUCAGAACCAUACAUACAUGGAACUUCUGCCUAUAUUUGACAUGUACGCUUACCUUGGUAUUUAAGAGACAGUAUAUUGCCAAACAGUAUUGCGUCUUGUGUGCCGGUAUAUACAGUGCACCGUGUGCUUUUUGUGUGUGUGUCAUGCAAGUGCUGCUUUUAUGCAUGGCGGUGUAUGGUCACUCAUACAUAUGAUCACACACAUACACACACACACACGUAAGGACACUCACUUAUACAGUUGUUGGAGCUACCUCUGAUUUUCUCCUCUCUCAGUUUUUGUAUUCAGAAAUACACACAGCAUAGAACCUUCAAAAUGCAUGAUAACAUUUCAAUCGUGGAUAGCUGAUAGACACUAGGUCCUCACUGGAGCGAAAACAGUGCCUGCAAAGUAUUUCCACGUGUUUCUCUCAUCCUUUCUCCGGUUACUCUGCUCAAUUGCUUCCCUCAAGGGCAAGUGUUUGAGUGUACGUAUACGCCGCAAAACGCACGUCCUUCACCUCUGCCAAAGGUAUUGUCCACGCUCUUCUCUAAGCUUCCAGGCUUCUAGUGUAGCCACAUGAUGCCUUUUAUGUGCACACUCACCGUUUGUGCUAGCUUUUGCUAACUAGCCUCUAGGAAUUGAUGAAGGAAAUGUGUAUAUUCUGAAUAGAUUCAUACAGCCUGCAGAAUAUUAUCUGUAACCUGGAAAUAGUUUGGUUGUGGAAUAGUGUGCGUGAGCUGUGGCUGUUUAGUCACUAAAACAAGCUGUCAAUCAAACCAAGCCAGAGCUCUGGUUGGUUGGUUUCUUUCUUUUGGAGGGGUUGGGGGGAAGGGAGAAUUAUGAUAGCUCUAAAUAGACUUAGCUACAACUUCUAUGUAUCACGAACACUGCUACCUGUACUCAAGCGUAUCUAUUAAUAUAUGUCUAUGUUCAAGUUAUACCACCGUUUUUAAAGGGCUACAAUGCCAAACUGACUGGAAAUGCAUAGUUAGGCCGGUUACUCUACUGUCUACGUCUUUUUGUAUUAUAGCCACAAACCAUGCAAGUUAUCUGGACAGGAUCUUAAAACAAUUCCAUGAAUUGUUCAUUUUUUUCCCUCAAAUGUACAGUUUUUAGUAGGUGGAGUGUUUCAAAGCUGCUUCUUCACAGAUAUCACCCCUUUCGUUUCCAACUCGGAAGUGGAAUUAUUUGAAAAGAAUGUCUUGAGGACUCGGAUGGACCGUUUUCUGUUUCGUUUUUUGACACGUCCGAGUCCUCCGAUGUUGUAUGCUGCUCAGCCCUCCAGUGGCUGCAUCCUGUAAAUACUACGUAUCGAUACAAUGACCCCCGCAGCUGUACAUAGGGCUACAUAGAUAUUACUACUACUAACGCUUAGUAAGGAAAUUCUUGGAUUAUAUAUGCAAACAUGAUACUGAUGACCGUGUUUUACGACUUAUUCUCACUUUCUCUCUCUGAAACACUAUGCUUUCUCAACUUUUUUUUUAUAUAUAUACAGUACCAGUCAAUGUUUGGACACACCUACUCAUUCAAGGGUUUUUCUUUAUUUUUACUAUU